GAAAAAAUCAAGGAAAAGAGCCUCACGACGCAUCGUGCCAUGGAUGAAAAUUUGGGGCGUCGCCGCAUCCCGUCGCUCCGAGCGGCAGAGGGCAGAUGCAGUCUGCCAGACGGGCGAGAGGCCGGAGGAUGUUCCAGCUCCACCAGCGCCAACAAGACUACGAAGCGAGAGGCCUUUGUCCCUGGCGGGACUGCGGGCGCUCUCGCGCUUGCGCAGAGAGGUACCUGUGGACUUACGCCUAGACAAUCAAGAUUUGCGAUGCGCAGAAGAUCUUUGUGCAGUCGUGGAGGCCUGUGACCGAGAAGCCCAGCGUCGCCAAGUGCCGCCGCCCAAGACGUUGACGCUGGGCCCUUGGGGACAUGAGCCUGGGUGUUCUUGCCAUGGCACCUUGGAGGUGCUCCGUGAGACCAGUUGCGAAGCAUCCGAAGCUGCAGAGGCCUUUAUGACCACCUCAGCAAUCUGGACCCGUUGGCCGCUACGAAGCAUUUGCCUUUGCGAGCUGCGCCUGAGCGUCCCGCUCGAGCGACUGGGAGCCGCUCUGGCGGCGGCCGCUCCCAGCGUUCUGCGCUUGCAGCACUUGAGCUUGAGGGGUACAGCGUUGUCCCUGCUUCAGGCCUUUGCAGGCCACGAGCUAGAGCUGUUGGACUUGAGUGGGAAUGCCUUGACAGAUGAUGAUUUCGAGAUGCUGCUCAAUUUGGCAGGUCCCAAAUCGGCUUUGAAGCUUCACGGCUUGAUCUUGAGCUGCAACCCAUCCAUCACGCAGGUCUCCUUGCAGCAGCUGCUCGCUUCAGAAUGGGCAAGUCAGCUGCAACUGCUCGAUCUUUCUGAGUGCAGCAUCGGACCCAGCGGAGCGCUGCUCCUGGGCAACUUUCUGCAGAUGCCAAGCAGCGUCCUACGGGACCUGUGCCUUUAUCGUGCUGGCAUUGGGCUGGAAGGGUUGCGCCGCCUGGUGGCCGCUGCGGCUGUUUGCUCCAGCUUACGUGCAUUGGAUGUGACUGCGAAUGCUCAACGCGAACAUCACUGGCUCGAGGACUCCGACCUGUUAUGACGCUGCCAGGGCCACGGUGGGGUCCAAGAAGGCCCAUUCCACAUGGCAAGACAUGGCCCGGCCAUUUGUCCAUAGCCCGGGUGUUGGGAGGCGAUGUUUGACCCCUCCAGAGUGUCAGAUUUCUUGGUCCAAUGUUGACAACCUUCAAGAGCCAGCCCUCCAGGCUCUUGGGAAGCCACUGGCUGAGUGCUUGGCACAGCCCAAAGCGUUGAAGAUCUUGACAUUGUCCUGCCCAGAGCAUCAGUUGAAGGCUGCAGAGAUAUUUCAUACGUUGCCGCUGCGGGUGAUCCUUGUGCCAAACGAGCAGAACAAUUACAACAGGCCAAUGUUUCUUGGGCACACCGACUGAUGCCGAUGCGAGCGAGCAAAUGGACUACUGGACCUGUAGUGCGUGACGGAUUCAAUGCUUGUCAGUUUGAUAGUUGUUGUACGCAUUUGGUGCAAUCAGGCAGCUCUUUGUUUUCCUCGGUGUUGUGUCCAUCCAGGAUAGAAUAGCUUAAAUCCAGUGCCACAUCAAUUAAUCGUUUGCAAGGAAAUACAGAAAGUUUGCUUCUCGCCUUCUCGCUACAUUCUGCAGUCAUUGCUCAGCACCCACCGUGGAGGGUGGCG